AUGAGCGGACCGCCGACGCACUCUGUGGCAGAGAUCCUCGCCCAGAGCAAAGAAUCACGGCUCGGUCUCACACGCUCUCUCUUCCGACUCUACCUCGUUCUCAUACCAGCUUGCCUCGUCGUCUGUGCCACCAAUGGCUACGAUGGUUCCGUUCUGAAUGGACUCCAGGCCGUCGCCUCCUGGAAAGAGACUUUCAAUCGUCCCCGCGGGGCGUUGCUCGGCAUCAUCUCUGCCUCGUAUCCUCUCGGUGCCAUCUGCUCAACCCCAAUCUCUGCCCCAAUCUCGGAUCGAUUUGGCCGACGCUGGUGUAUUGCCAUUGGUAGCGCGAUCAUGAUCGCUGGUGUCGUCAUCCAGACAGCAAGCAACACGAUGGGGGUCUUCAUCGGGGGACGAGUUGUGGUCGGGUUUGGCAUCACCUUGGCCCUGGCUGCAGCGCCAGUCUUGAUCUCUGAGCUUGCUCACCCGCGUCAUCGAGUCCUCUUUACCUCGCUUUACAACACGAGCUUUUAUCUGGGUUCUUUGCUGGCUGCUUGGGUCACGUUUGGCUCUUACCGCAUGAACAGCAUGUGGGCAUGGCGACUACCCACGUUACUACACGCUCUGCCCGCCCUUGUUCAAAUCAUCUUUGUUUUUUUCCUUGACGAGAGCCCUCGUUGGCUUCUGUUCAAGGAUAGAGCAGAGGACGCAUAUGCUAUCCUUGUGAAACACCACGCCGACGGCAACCCUCAUGACCCCUUGGACCAAGCGGAAUUCUUCGAGAUUGACCGAACCCUGCGCGCUGAGAAGGAAGUUGCAGCGUGGUCAGGUGUCGGCCUGGUCUCCUAUUACCUUGUCAAGAUCCUCAACUCUAUUGGAGUUACCACCCAACGAGAACAAACGUUGAUCAACGGCGCUCUUAGCACCGUCAACUACGCUACUGGCUUGGCUGCAGCAAUCAUGACGACCAAAAUUGGCCGCCGAAAAAUGUUUAUUGGCGGCGGCGUGGCCAUGUGGCUGACGUUCACAAGCCUCGCCAUCAGCAUCGCGGUCUACAACGAGCAGCACUCCAAACCGGCAGGAAAAUCAGCUCUUGGCUUCAUUUUCAUCUAUUACACCGGCUACAACAUUUGCCUCAAUCCCCUUCUUUACCUCUAUCCCACGGAGGUUCUUCCCUUCCGACUACGUGCGACGGGACUCAGUAUUCUCGUCUUCUUCAACAAAGCAGCCCUCUUCUUCAACCAAUUCGUGAACCCCAUUGGAAUGGAUGAUCUCGGUUGGAAAUAUUACUUCGUUUACGUCGGCUGGUUGCUGUUUGAGAUUGCCGUCUUUUAUUUCCUCUUUCCCGAAACCAAAGGUCACACCCUGGAGAAUGCAGCGAAGGUGUUUGAGGAUGACAGGGGUUUAAAACAGGAUCCUGAAGCUUCUGCGUCAAUUGACUAUGCAACUACUGGCAAAGAGGAGGAGCUGCCGAAGCUGAACGACUCAGCAAACCUCAGAAAAGCCGAGUCCUAUUACCUGCUUGCUCGCCGGAGGAUCGGCCUUCUAGGUCAAUCGAUCAAUGCGUCGCAGUGCCACUUUCUUUCGGGUGUGUACUUGAUGUAUGCACUCCGCCCUGUCGAGGCCUUCCAGGAAUUUCACCAGGCAUCGGUGCUCUAUCAAAUCUACCUAAAACUGAGUCAUUCUUCGGCAAAGACAACGCAAGUGAGAAAAUUGGAGCAAAGAAUGUACUGGAGCUGCUUCAAGUCCGAAUGCGAGAUCCUAUUCGAGCUCCCACUGCCGGAAUCUGGGAUCGCCGAUUUUGAAUACCCUCAUUUGUUCCCUUCGCCUCCUGAACCGGUCAACGUGGGCAGCUCCAGUCCAAUGCUGGAUGUAUUCACCACCAGCCCGGUCUCUUCCUCAUCCUUGCGUGCAACAGGGAACAGUACGCUGCAGCGAGAACAUGAGCAGAGCUGGUUCUACUAUUUGUCAGAGAUAGCUCUGAGGAGAAUUGGCAACCGAGUUUUAAAUUCCUUCUACGGCGGUGAGCACAACCUCUGGGAAAACAUGGAUCUACAGUCCAUGAUCGACGUCGGUCAGGAAUUCGUUGAUCUCCUGUCUCAGUGGCAUAACAGCCUUCCCGAGCUACUCACUUACGAUCAGCAUCAUCUCAACAACAUACCGGAGGAGGAGUUACCCUUCAUGAUUCGUACCCGCGUUCUUGGAAUCAAGACUUUGAUCUUCCGUCCAUUCUUAUUUUACGCCCCUCACCACCCCGAGCAGGCUCUGCAACAGCCAGUCAUACAGCCGUAUGUGCAGCAAGCGGUUGAAUUGAGCAUCCAUGUCAUUGAGAAUAGCUCGGUUCGACACCGACACCAUGGGACCUGGUACACCUGUCGAAUGAGUAUCAGCGCUGCACUAUCACUUCUGGCAGCAUCUCGAACCGAUAUUAUAAGACUGCCCCAAGACUGGGAACUAGCCGUUCAACUCGCAAUUGAGACUCUCUUGUACUGGGAGGCCGAAGCACCCGGUGAUCUGAGAAAAGCACGAGGAAUAUUGGAAGAUCUACUGGCACAGACUGUAGUUUCGCGCGGCGAAUAA